CGGCAAACGCGCGCGUGACUUUACAUUCAGCCUAGUUUUGUUAGUAAAAUAUUUAUUGUUAUCUGUGAAGCUAAAUAAAUCGUGACUUAAUUUCAAAAUAAAUUUGAAUUUAUUAAGUGGAUUGUAAAAAUUAAAUUGGACUAUAAGUGAGAAUUUAAAGUGCCGUGUGUUUCAAAUUUAUCCUUUGCCGGUAAUAUUCAAAUGGCUAAACAAGAAUGUAUCACCGCAGGAGGAAGAAAAUGAGGCAAUUCAUCAUCAGCGCCCUCCUCCUGCUGAGCUGGCCAGCAUUAUCCCACACCAAGUCCAUCAUCUCCACGCAGACAUCCACCAAGUAUGGAGAGGACAACAUCGACAACAGCAUCAUUGACUUUGACGAGGAGUUCUCUCUCAAGUACAACAAGAAAUAUGGAAUGAUCCCAUGGAACUCCAAUGAGAACUUCAACAAAGAAUCACAUAGAUAUACCAUAGUUAAGGACUUUGAUAAGAAAGUAGAUAGUAAUAGGAAUAAAACUGAAACCAAAUUAGACGCAACGUCGACCACAGAUUAUAGUGUCAUACCAUUAGAACUGUUAAGUACAACAGAGAAUGCUUUUGUAAGUAUAUUUGAGAGUACAAUCGAGCCCGACCUGACAGUGAUACCAUUAUCCACCACGAGAAAAACGCCUAAACUUAUAAUCGAGCAGACGGUGACGCUGCCCAGCUCAACGCCGGAGACAGAAUCUUCAACUUAUUAUAGUGACGAUGAAACUACAACAGUUACAGAGACUCCCAUCACAGAGAGAUAUACAAACAAACAAGAAGAUUCUGAAACAACAACACCAGCAUACGAUACUACCACUGACAUCACGGAGCAGAGCACUUCGUAUCCUUACACGAACGUAACUGAAGUAAACUUGGAAACAUCAACAAUAACUGUGUCUAAUACAACAAAAAGCGCAAAUCUAAGCAGAGUGGACUUGAGUUCUGAGGAAGAAGAAUCAGACGUACCAAUAUUUACAGAAUUAGACACAGAAGUACAAGAAGAAGUACCAGAAGAUUAUUAUGAUUCUAAGGAUGUUGUUCCUACAACUGUGCCGAAGACGGAUGCUUUGUCUGUGAUCUUUGGGCUCGCUGGCAGUGUGGUGGAGAGUGUAGUGGAGAGUGUGGCAGAGAGAGUGGUACCUAAGGGCAUAGUGGACUUGUUUAGGAGGAUGCAGAGGCAGAGUGAGAUGUUGGAGGCAGAGAGGCUCAGGAGUCGAGAGGAAAAUGGUGGUAUUGGUCAAUUUGGUCGUGGAAUCCUGAAGACCAUCUCCUCUGGUAUCAGCAAACCUCUCAGCCAGCUGAUGGCAGGCGCCCGGGACAUUGGUUCCCUGGACAAUGAUCGAGGGUUCGUCUCCAGCCUGGCCUCAGGAGUCACCAGCGUGGCUAACGUCGCCAAUUCACUUGUGGACUCCUUUAAGGAUAGGGUGCAGGCUAUUUACCCAGGAACUGUGUGGUGUGGAGACGGUCGCUCUGCCACAGCUCGCUCUAGUGACUUGGGCCUGUUCUUCUUCACCGACACCUGCUGUCGGCAGCACGACGCCUGCAAGCUGUACAUCAAGGCUGGAGAGACCAAAUAUGGUCUCACCAACACUGGACUGUUUACCAGGUAA